AUGUCUGAAUAGAUUACAUCCUCACAAGUUAUUGAAUUUUUCUGGUUUUUCUUUCCCUUUUUACUAUUUGUAAAUGCUGUUCUACUUAAAUUUUACAUAAAGACUAACAUACAUUUAGAUUAAUAAGAAAUUAGAGCAAAGUCAUAUAGCUAAUAAAAUUUACAUGAUAAUAAAAGAUAUUAGUCUAAAGGAAUUGAUCAUGAUGGAAUUUAAGGCCCAGGUAUAUUAUAUAAUGAUUAAUUGUAAUUAGAGUUAUAAAUUGUUGGAAAUGUUUUACAAAAUCAACAGAUGAAUAUGGUAGAAGAAGGAGAGAAGAAAUAAAUAUAGUAGUCAUAAUAAUUGUAAUAAAUUCCUUAAUUAUCAACAAUCUCUCCUAAUCUUACAUAAAAUGUAUUAUAUAUUUUUGAAAAUUAGACAAGGACAUCUAAAAUUUUUAAUGGAUUGAAUGAAUUAAUAUCAACUUAUUUUCCAUUAUUAUCAGUCUCGAUUAUUUGUAUUAAUAAUUAUGCAGCAUGGAGUUGGGCAUUGGCUUGUGUAAUAUUAUUUUUAAUUUUUGUUAUUGCAUUCAAUAUCAUUUAAGUGUAGCGUAAUUUUUCAGAUAUAAUUAAAAGUAAUAUCAUAUUAUUAAUAAUUUAGGAUUUUUGUUUGUUAGUCAUCAUAUAUGGUUGAGUGGUCUAUUUAUUAGUUAUUUAGCCUGUAAAUUGAAAUUGUCAGAUUGA